AUGGCAGCCAAGCAGGUUUUGCAGGAUAUGCCGCCGGCUGGUGGCUACACGUCCGUGCCUUACAAGCGCAACGUGCCUUACCGUGGCCCCCACGGUGCGGUUCUGUUUGCUGGGGCCAUUGGCGUCAUGGCAUACGGCUUCUACAAGGUCAUUCAGGGCAACCAGGCUAGGAGGCGUCUUGGAGAGGAGAAGCUCAACGCUCGCAUUGCUAUUGCUCCUGUGCUCGAGGCGGAAGCCGACCGACUGAUGGUUCGCCGUCGUGCUCAGAUCACCGAAGCCGAGCGCAAGAUCAUGGCCAACCACAAGGGCUGGGACGUGAACGAGAAGUUUUACAACACAGACUCUUACGUCGCGCCUACCACGCCGCUAACGGUGCCCCAAAUUGUCUAG